UUUCAUAACAUGCAACCCCCAUUUACCACCUUUUCUUUUGAUUCAAUUUCAUGUGUGUGGUUUUCAUGUGUGAUCUCUUGCACUGGUAGCUAAAGGUUGUUAAAAAUGAUGGAGCAUUGCGAGUCGUAAUAUGCAAAAUCACUACUUAGAUUAAUUCCUUUAUUUUGCCCUAAUCCGAUUAAGUCUAAAAAGAAAUCCUGCUGUGCGUCCUGGCCCCUGCGUUGCUGAACCCCUCUCUGAUGUGGCUGCAGUGACAGAUGGUCUGACACAUGGUGCUGUAGUCUGACUAGCUAAUCUCCCUGGUUUGAGCACAGGGGCUGGGGGAAGGGGAUGGGCUGGUUAGCUGUCCUGUAGACUCGAAUGGGUGCUUCACGAGGAUCUGCAGCAGGUUCGAUUCAUGGACCGGUCUACAUUCUCAAGGUCUGUUUUGCACACGGUUCUUCCAAGCGUCUCGCUCUCUUGGGUUACUCUCAGAAACUGCGUUUUUUCUUUGGAUUUGAGAGCCAGCUGCAAAGGAGGCCCGCCAAUCGAGCUGUGUCCUGUGGGAGGGGAAGUAUCGCUGCAUGAACUGGAGACUCCUGGGUGCUGGCAGUGUGUGGCACUCCUGCAGUCAGCUGUGGAAUUGGAGGAUGUUUUGCCUGCACCUGGGCUGGAUUUCAGCAGAGUUUUUCAGUUUUCCCUUGUGAGCAAGGCGUUUGAAGAGUUGGAGGACUUUUUUUUCUGGAAACCUUUAAUGAUAAUCUGAGGGAUUCCGCAGUUGCGUGAUCCUUGCAGCUUAACUCCGGGGAUUCUCUUCUCUUCAUUCACCUGACAAGCUGACAAGCGCUCUCCGACAGGAUGUAGGGUUUUGGAGAGCUUUCUGAAAGUGAGGAUCCAGGAUGUCCACUGCCCAGGCGCUCCGACGCAGCGGGCUCUGCCGCUACUUCAUUAACGCAGUGGCCUAUCAGGUAUGUUGCUGCUGUGGCCCUGCCCCAUUCUCCCUGUGCUGUUCCUGCUGUCCGUCCAUUAAAGCGUCCUCCGGAACACGGGUCAUGUACACUCUGUUCCACAUCUUGGCCUGUGCUGUCAGCUGCCUCAUGCUGUCCAGGACUGUCUCAGAGGCAGUGCGAGAAAAUGUGCCUUUCUACUCCCUGAUCUGUGAGCACAUGCAGGGCACUCAGGACUGUGACAUUCUGGUUGGCUACUCGGCUGUGUACCGGGUCUGCUUCGGAACCGCCUGCUUCUAUCUGCUGCUGGCCGUCUUCCUCAUCAACGUCAAGUCCAGUCAGGACUACCGGGCCCUCAUACAAAACGGGUUCUGGUUUCUGAAGCUGCUCAUGCUGAUUGGGAUGUGCGGUGCUGCCUUCUUCAUCCCCACCGAAUCCUUCCUCCACGCCUGGCACUAUGUUGGAGUUGCUGGUGGAUUUUCCUUCAUCCUCAUCCAGCUGGUCCUGAUCACAGCGUUCGCUCACACCUGGAACAAGAACUGGCUGACUGGCGCAGCAGAAGACAAGCGGUGGUACUUGGCGGUUCUUUGCGCCACCCUGAUGUUUUACAUCAUCGCCUCGUCAGCCUUCUCCUUCAUGUACAAAUACUACACCCACCCUGCCGGCUGCCAGCUCAACAAAGCCCUGCUGAUUACCAACCUGGGCCUGUGCGUGUUCAUGUCCUUCAUUGCGGUCACCCCCUGCGUGCAGCUCAAACAGCCACGGUCUGGACUACUGCAGGCGUCCAUCAUCAGCUGUUACGUCAUGUACCUGACGUUCUCCGCACUGUCCAGCCGGCCUCCAGAGAGAGUGGAGCACCAGGGCCGGAACAUGAGUGUGUGUUUCCCGAUCGUCAGUAAAGACGGGCAGCAGACUGAGGACAAUGUAGUGGCCAUCAUAGGAGCCACCAUCAUGUACUGCUGCGUGCUCUUCGCAUGCAAUGAAGCCUCUUACUUGGCCGAGAUGUUCGGACCCUUCUGGAUGAUUAAAGUUUAUAGAUACGAGUUCCAGAAAGCCAGCUGCUGUUUCUGCUGCCCCGAGGAACAUGAAGAGCAAGUGUUUGAGGUGGACGAAGACAACAAGGGCGGUCAGAAGGUGAUCCACAACGAGACGGACCGCGUGGCCUACAGCUACUCCUUCUUCCACUUCGUCUUCUUCCUCGCCUCGCUCUACGUCAUGAUGACCCUCACCAACUGGUUCAGCUACGAGACGGCCGUGCUGGAGACCACGUUCACCCACGGCAGCUGGUCCACGUUCUGGGUGAAGAUGUCAUCGUGCUGGGCCUGCGUGGUGCUCUACCUGUGGAUCCUGCUGGCCCCGCUGUGCCGCUCGGAGCCCGAGACUCGGCCCAAACGCACCCGGAUCAAGGUCAGGCGCUCCACCAGCCCAUCUCAAGGAACCAGGGAGGACUGCUCUGUCUUUACCAGCCACAGCCUGUGAAGCCAAAGAGAAGCAAAUACACCACCAGGGACUGAAGCAAAUUCCCAUUUGAAUUCCCAUUUAAGAUCCUUUACGAAAAGAAACCGCAGUUCCAGUCGGUCGUGCACACUUUAAAACAACAGUGCAAUUACAAGACUCGGUUAUCGUAAGCAGGAUAAUGAGGGGGGGAUAAUGAGAAGGGAAUCGCUUUCAUCAGCUCUUUCUUCAGGCUGUCCUCUCUUACGGUUGGAUCUGGUUUUGUUUUGUUUUGGUUUUUUUAAUGAAUAAAUUCAUUUUUUAAAUCACUCAACACACAAUGUGUUUUG